AUGAGAAAUUCGCACCUGAAUCGACUUGUCGCCAAUGGAAAUAUCGUCGGUGAAUUCGCUGAACAGUUCCGGUGUCAUCCCGAUAUCGCUCGGGUGUCGUCUUUUGUCGUUGAGGAGACCCACGUCCUCAGUCACCAACCUCACAGGGACAACAUUCGUGCUCGGUUUAUCCGAAAGUGGAACAAGUGGUGUCUGAGCUGCGAAAGCAAUGCAGUCGUGAUUGAUCUCCAACAUACGUACGGCAAUGUGGAGACGGGCUCGCAGUCCCAAUCAAACCAGGCCUAUGCGUCAGUUACAGCAGAACUGAUCCGGUAUCUCCUUGAAUUCCGUCGACAGAAGAUUGAGGAAAUGGAUAUUGCUGUGAUAGUCCCUUACGAAGCCCAACGGGCAAAAGUGGCCAACAUACUUACCGUACUCCACGCUCAACAUCCCGGUCUUCAGGUCGACGGGACAGCUGAGCAACCCGUUCGUGAUGAAGCUUCUGUUGAGCAUGCCGCCGGAGAACUGUCUCGCGACUCGGACAAUGCGAACACUGACUGGCCGACUGAGCAACCCGUUCGUGAGGAAGCUUCUGUUGAGAAUGCUCCGCAGGAUCUCUCUCAGCAAACCAUUCGCGACGAGCACACUGUCGAGGAUGACCCUGCCGUUGAGAAUGUUGCGCCGGAAUCAUCUCGCAUCGGAAAGAACCUGGCAUAA